AUGGAGGCUGUUCAAACUAAAUUGAAGUACUAUAAUGCUCAAGCUGAUAAAGAGCUCGCAAAAUAUCCGCAGAUAAUGAAACUGGAACAACAUACUGGUAUUCCAAAGACCUAUAUGGCUGCUUCUGUUGUCGGCCUUGUAUUUGCAUUGAUCUUUUUUAAUAUUGGAGGACAAUUGCUUUCCAACGUUAUUGGUUGGGUCUAUCCAGCUUAUGCUUCUUUCAAAGCUCUUGAGACAAGUGAUAAUAUUGACGAUACUCAAUGGUUAACAUACUGGACCGUAUUUGGUUUUGUUAGCCUGAUAGAAUUCUUUUCGGAUCUCAUCCUUUAUUGGAUGCCCUUCUAUUAUACCGUCAAGACAAUCUUUUUCCUUUGGCUCUUCUUGCCAUCUUUCAAAGGAGCUCAAACAGUUUACACUAAAUUCUUGAGACCCGCUUUAAGAACUUAUCAAGGUGAUAUUGACGAUAAAUUGAAAGGUUGGAAGAACAAAGUUGAAACUGUAACUAAGGAUGCUAUUGUUAAUGCUGCUACCCACGAUGAUUAA